CAUGACAACAAUAAUAAGUACAGAAAUUGAGAAUUUGAGGUUAGAUCCAUUUUUUUUUUUAACUUGACGUGACAGAAGUGUUUGCAAAGUCAAAAAUUAAGUAACAACUGGAAAAAUGUCGUGUUGUGUUCCCAACUGCCAAACAGCGUACUGGAAUAAAAAUACUUUAGGAAUAACUAUGUUUAAACCUAGUACGGAAAAACAAUUAGAAGAAUGGGAAGAAAUUCUCCGACGUGACGUCGGUUUACCGAGUAUGCAACAAAAAGAUAAAGUUUGUAUAUUGCACUUCAAAGAAGAUGUAAUUGAAAGAGAACAUACACUUUUUUUUCGAGGCGGAGUGCAUAGAAAAAUAGCGAGGAAAAGACCGAUCUUGUCGCCGAAUGCUACUCCAUCAAUUUUUCCUGAAAAUUCUCCUGUCCCGCCUAAGCCGAGGAAAAGGGCCAAAUAUUACGAUCUAGCAAGCCCGGAAAUUCUCGCGCAACAGAGAAAAAUGUACGAAGAAUUUAAAGAAAAAGCAAACUCCACAGAUGGUCCGAAAAAAGUAAAAAAACCAGUACGAUCAAGAAAGCGAAAAUGUGAAAUCACAACUGAGGUUAAAAAGGAAUUAGAAGAGAAUGAGCCAGUGAAAUUAAAAGAUUCGGGAGUUGAGGAUGUUGCCACUGGGGAGGUAGAAAGUGAAGAGGAACCAAAAAUAGGUGAUCUUUUUGACUAUCUCGUCAAGGUAAAGCAUGAAAAGAGAAUCUUUUCAAAGUAUUUACCGAAAGAUUGGAUUUCAAAUUUUCAUGAUGCUGGGUGCAUAUCGUGGACUCUCUGGAACGAUGAUUGUUCAGGGAUUUCUAAACGCAUCGUUCUUUAUUGCGACUUGACUGUUGAUUGUUAUCUAGAAGGAAAAUCUAUUUGUUUACCGGGAAUAUCCAAGAUCGAAACCAUGCAUGAUUUCGAAAACUUGACGAAAACAUAUUCUAAUUUAAAUACAUGCAUGGGCGUAGAAGACGAUUUAGGUGAAGAGAAUUGUCUUAAUUUUGUAAUUAUAAAUGCGCAAGGUGGUCGACCGCAAUUAAGAUGCGCUCCCUGCUCUAGACUCGUGAGGAAUUUGAGAAGAAGGAAGGGUUUUUUUGUAGAGUAAUUACAUUCUGGACAAAUGUAUAUCUACCUAUCUAUCAUACCCUCUCUAGGGAAAAUUGAGACAUAUUUUUCCCUCCAAUAGUGGCCGCUGUACCGGCGGAACCUUGAUGUUUUCAAGUAUAUCUAUAUUUUUACAAAUAAAUUACUCAAUUCUAUUUGCAGGCCUCAAAACUUACUUUAGGAUCAAAAAUAGUGUAAAUAGUGUCACCAAUUUAAAAUAGUGUCAUAAAAUUCGGCAUGUAUUAAACUUAGGUGUAGUGCGAAUUUAAAAGUGUAUAGUUUGAUAUAAAAA